UGGGCACUGGUGGGCGGCACUGGUGGGCACAGGUGGGUGGGCACAGGUGGGUGGCACUGCUGGGCACAGGUAGGUGGCACUUCUGGGCACAGGUGUGUGACACUGCAGAGUGGCACAGGUGGGUGCACUGCUGGGCACAGGUGGGUGCACUGCUGGGCACAGGUGGGCGGAGCUAGUGGGCGCACUGCUGGGCACAGGUGGGCGGAACUUGUGGGUGGCAUUGCUGGGCACCGAUCAUCAGGGCACUGAUCAUCACGUGUCAUUGGACACCGCUGAUCACAGG